AUGAGUGAUUCUGGAUCAAAUCAAGAAGCUUCUUGUACAUCAUCAAACGUGUUCAUGAGUAACAAUAAUACAACAAUAAUAUCAUCUAAUGUUAUUCAAUCAAGACGCCGGAUUAUUCGAAAUUAUUCACUCGUCUGGUUAGAUGAGUGUGUAGAUCAAACAAACAAAGAUUAUGAAAAUACGUUAAAACAAAUCCAAACUAUUGCUCACAAUAUUAAUGUCUUUAAAGAACGAGAUGCAUGCAUCGACUUUCUUACAGAUUCCGAAGAAGACAUCAAGCUUUUUCUCGUUAUCAAGGAUAUUAUAUCUCAACAAAUAAUGCCCCUUAUUAAUGUUAUUCCUCAGUUGCAUGGUGUUUAUAUCUUGAGUGAUACUGAAAUCCUAGAUGAAGAAUGGACGAAAAAAUGGCAAAAAAUCAAGAGUGUUCAUACCAACAUUGAUGACUUAUGUCAAGGAUUACAAAUGGGUAUCAAGCAGUUAAAUCAAGAUUCAAUUGCUAUGAGUUUUAUCACACUAGGUGAAAUGACUUCAACUGAUAAAUUAAAUCAGUUAGAGCCAACAUUUAUGUACACCCAAAUAUUCAAGGGUAUUCUUCUAGAUAUGGAGCAUGAUGCACAGGCUAUCAAACAAUUCACUGCUUAUUGUCGACAUCAUGACUGCGGAUCAGCAAAGAAUAUUGAUGAAUUUGAAAAAAGCUACGAUGUUGAGACAGCUAUUUGGUGGUAUACUUGCCCAUCAUUUAUUUAUUCCAUGCUGAAUUAUGCUCUUCGCUCUAUGGAAGGCGAAACCAUUAUUAAUAUGGGAUUUUUUAUUCGUGAUCUUCACCAACAACUUCAACAGCUACAGCAAGAACAAAUUCAUGUUUUUCACGACAAACCGUUUAUAGUCUACCGGGGACAAGGUCUAUCCAAAACAGAUUUUGAGAAACUUCAAAAGACACAAGGUGGUUUACUAUCCUUCAAUAACUUUUUAUCCACUAGUACAGAACAACACAUGCCUCUCGGACUUGCUUCAAGUGCGUCAGAAACUGCAGACAUGGUCGGCAUUCUUUUCAAGAUGUUGAUUGAUCCUCGUGUGGAAUCAGUGCCGUUUGCUUCCAUCAAGGCGAUUAGUUAUUUUGCAGACGAAGAUGAAAUUCUCUUCUCAAUGCACACCAUUUUUCGCGUGGGUGUAAUUAAACAAAUCGAGAAUAAUAAUCAACUUUAUCAAGUUGAAUUAGAAUUAACUUCGGAUCAUGAUCAACAACUACGACUACUUACUAAUCGGAUACGAGAAGAAGUUGUUGGUGAUAAUGGAUGCGAAAGAUUGGGUGACUUAUUGCUUACAAUUGGCCAAUUUGAUAAGGCUGAAGAACUUUUCAACAUUUUACUCGAAGAAACAUCUCAUGACAGUAAAAAAGCGCUUUAUUAUCAUCAGCUUGGAUAUGUUAAACAUGGUCAGGGUGAUUAUAAAAAUACUAUUUGGUAUUUCGAACAAGCAUUUGCAAUUCAAGAAAAAACUCUUCCUUCAAACCAUCCUGAUUUGGCCACUUCAUACAACAACAUCGGUAGGGUGUAUAAUAACAUGGGAGAGUAUUCGAAAGCACUCUCGUUUUUUGAAAAAGGUCUUGAAAUUCGACAAAAAAAUCUACCUUCCAAUCAUCCAGAUUUCGCUAAUUCCUACAACAACAUCGGUUCGGCGUAUGACAAAAUGGGACAAUACUCGAAAGCACUGUUAUUUUACGAACAAGCACUUGAAAUUCGACAAAAAACUCUUCCUUCAAAUCAUCCUGAUUUGGCUAACUCCUACAACAGCAUUGGUAAUGUGUAUAACAACAUCGGAGAAUACUCAAAAGCACUUUCAUUUUACAAAAAAGCGCUUGAAAUACAGCAAAAAACUCUACCUUCAAAUCAUCCUGAUUUGGCUACUUCAUACAAUAACAUCGGUUUGGUGUAUGACCGCAUGGGAGAGUACCCGAAAGCACUUUCAUAUUAUGAAAAAAACAUCGAAAUUCGUCAAAAAACUCUUCCUUCAAAUCAUCCUUAUUUGGCUAAUUCAUAUAACAACAUCGGUUCGAUGUAUAACAACAUGAGAGAGUACUCGAAAGCACUUUCAUUUUACGAACAAGCGCUUGAAAUCUGUGAAAAAACUCUUCCUUCAAGCCAUCCUUCAUCGGCUACUUUAUAUAGCAACAUCGGUUCGGUGUAUGACAGCAUGGGCGAAUACCCGAAAGCACUUUCAUUUUACGAACAAGCACUUGAAAUUCGACAAAAAACUCUUCCUUUAAAUCAUCCUUCAUUGGCUAAUUCAUAUAACAACAUCGGUUUGGUGUAUUGCAACAUGGAAGAAUACUCGAAAACACUUUCACAUUAUGAACAAGCGGUUAAAAUACAACAAAAGACUCUUCCUUCAAACCAUCCUUCAUUGGCUACUUCAUAUAACAACAUUGGUGGUGUGCACAACAAGAUGAGAGAGUAUCCAAAAGCACUUUCAUUUUGCGAACAAGCACUUGAAAUACAGCAAAAAACUCUUCCUUCGAAUCAUCCUGAUUUGGCUACUUCAUACAACAACAUCGGUUUGGUGUAUAACAACAUCGGACAAUACUCAAAAGCACAUUCAUUUUACAAAAAAGCGCUUGAAAUACAGCAAAAAACUUUCCCUUCAGAUCAUAAUGAUUUCGCUACUACAUACAACAACAUUGGUAAUCUGUAUGACAAGGCGGAGGAGCACCUGAAAGCACUUUUAUAUUACGAACAAGCGCUUGAAAUACGACAAAAAACUGUUCCUUCGAAUCAUCCUGAUUUGGCUACUUCAUACAACAACAUUGGUAAUAUGUAUAACAAGAUGAGAGAGUACCCGAAAGCGCUUUCAUUUUACGAACAAGCACUUGAAAUUAGACAAAAAACUGUUCCUUUAAAUCAUCCUUCAUUGGCUACUUCAUAUAGCACCAUCGGUUCGGUGUAUAACAAGAUGGGCGAAUACCAGAAAGCGCUUUCAUUUUGCGAACAAGCACUUGAAAUUCGGCAAAAAACUCUUUCUUCAAGUCAUCGUUCAUUGGGUACUUCAUAUAGCAACAUUGCCAAUGUGUAUAACAGGAUGGGACAGUACCUGAAAGCACUUGCAUUUUGCGAACAAGCACUAGAAAUUCGACAAAAAGCUCUUCCCUCGAAUCAUCCUGAUUUGGCUACUUCAUACAACAACAUUGGUACUGUGUAUGAGAGCAUGGGGGAGUACCCAAAAGCACUAUCAUAUUAUGAAAAAGACCUUGAAAUCUGCCAAAAAACUCUUUCUUCCAACCAUGUUGAUCUGCCUGCUUCAUACAACAUCAUUGGUAAUGUGCACAACAAGAUGGGAGAAUAUCCGAAAGCACUUUCAUAUUAUAAUCGCGCUCUGGAAAUAUUCGAAUGUGUAUUACCUCCGACUCAUCCUCAUAUAAAAAAUUUGAAAGAUAUUAUUGAAACUGUAAAAAUGAAGUUAUAA